AUGGCCACUACAAAAGCCAUUGGAGCAAAUGAAUGGAGGAAAAAAGAAGCAAAUGGCUCAUCAGAAAUUUUGCCACCAGAGUCAGGACCUGUCAAGAGUGCAUGUUUAAAGGCGUGGGUUUUUCUGAAGAAGGCAUGGGAAGUAGGCGUAGAUGACCCCAGAAAAGUGAUCCAUUGUGUUAAAGUAGGGCUGGCUCUUACAGUUGUCUCAUUGUUCUACUAUACAAGACCUUUGUAUGAAGGUUUUGGAGGGAAUGCCAUGUGGGCAGUUAUAACGGUUGUUGUAAUAUUCGAGCACACUGUAGGUGCAACAAUCUGCAAGUGCUUGAACAGAGCAGCUGGAACUUUUAUUGCUGGAUUUCUGGCGGUUGGUGUUCACUAUAUCGCUUGUCAAUCAGGCGAAAAAUUUGAACCUAUCAUUGUUGGUGUCUCGGUUUUCCUGUUGGCUUCAGCAGCAACCUUCUCUCGAUUCAUUCCUGUGAUCAAAGCUCGGUUUGAUUAUGGUGCUAUGAUCUUCAUCAUGACAUUCAGCCUAGUUUCACUCUCAGGUUACCGGGUGGAGAAACUGCUUGAUUUAGCAUAUGAAAGAUUAUCCACCAUUAUCUUGGGGACUACUAUUUGCCUUCUUACAAGCAUGCUUGUUUGCCCCAUUUGGGCCGGCGAGGAGCUCUACCAUCUCAUCAUUCGAAACAUGGAUAACCUAGCUGAUUCCUUGGACUGUUGUGCUGCUCUAUACUUCAGCGAUGGUAGGAGAACCAUCGGCGUUGACGAAGGAUCUGAAAAGAAACUGGAAGGCUACAAGUGCGUGCUGAACUCCAAGGCAGUGGAAGAGUCCAUGGCUGGAUUUGCUAGAUGGGAGCCUGCACACGGCUACUUCAGCUUCCGGCAUCCAUGGAAACUAUAUCUCACGGUUGGAGUGUCAAUGCGCAGCUGUGCUUGCCGCAUAGAAGCACUGAACAGCUGUCUUAUCUCUGAAACUGAUUUGCAGGCUCCUGACACCAUAAAGAAGCAUGUAAGCGAUAUCUGCCUGAGAGUGAGCAUCAAAUGCUCAAGCGUCAUAAGAGAAUUGGCAACAAACAUCAAGACAAUGAGGAAAUCGCCAAAGCUGGAUCUCUUAAUCGAAGAAAUGAACGCUGCGGUAGAAGAGCUCCAAAAUGAUCUCAAGGUCCUUCCGGCUUUGCUCGUUCCCAGAAAUGGCAAUGGCAAUGGCAAUGGCGAAGGCGAACCAGAGCGUAAUUCGCGGACUUCUUCCCCUGUUCCCCUUGCGGAGCUCAUUCCACUGGCGACUUUUGCCUCUUUGCAGAUCGAGAUCGCGGCACGAGUCGAAGCCAUUGUUGAUGCAGUCGAAAAGCUCGGAUCCAUGGCUGAAUUCAAGCCGGCGACUGAUGAGAAGUCCAAAAAGAAUAAACUCGGUGACAUGAUUUUAGCCGAUGAUGAUGGGAUUGAGGAGGAAGCCAUAAAGGUCCUUUCCAAAGUCUGACAAGCUACUACCGGUUCAAAGUUCGAUU